GGAAAUGAGAGAAAGCAUGCGGAGUCCCUGCGAGGAGUCUCCGAAGAACGAAAACCCAGAGGAAGACGCGGCGGCCACUGGGCAUCAGGCAAAAGGCCUGGAGGUUAAGGAUUUCUGCACCACAGAUUCACACUCUGCUCUGGAAACAGAAGGCGCUCAUGGCCUUGGAGGACCAGUUGCUGCUAGCCUCUAUCUGGAGUCUUGCCACGCCCAUGGCGUUGUGCCGGCUUCUUGUCUUCUUCGCCAAGGGAAUGCCUCGGAACUGAACCUUCGGCACCGUGGCCUGGGGCCCCAGGGGGCCCAGGCUUUGGCUUCCAUGUUGGCCUCUAAUGUCUACAUCAAGAGUCUGGAUCUUCGGGACAAUGGGCUCCGUGGGGCGGGAGCAGAGGCUCUGGCUGGUGUCCUGUGCAAGAACAGGGUUAUCUCUGAUGUGGAUCUGUCAGAGAAUCAGAUUGGAGCUGCAGGGCUCCAGGCAAUCUGCGCUGCCCUGGCCUUAAACCCUACUGUGCAAAAGAUCCAGCUGGAAGGGAACAGGCUGGAGGAACAGGCAGCCCAGCACCUCGCGGCUCUACUGCUGCUUCACACAGGCCUGAAAUCCCUAGACCUCAGCUACAAUCAGCUCAGCGACCUGGCAGGGGAGACACUUGGACCUGCCUUGGCAGAAAACACAGGACUCACGGAGCUUAACCUGAGCUGGAAUCAUCUUCGAGGCCCGGGAGCCAUUGCAUUUGCCAGGGGCCUGGAGGCAAAUAUAUUCUUGAAGGUCCUAGACAUCUCUCAUAACGGCUUUGGAGAUGCUGGAGCUUCUGCAAUAGGUGAGGCCCUCAAGGCCAACAACGUGUUGGAAGAACUAAACAUGAGAAACAACCGAAUCUCCGUGGCAGGAGCCCUGAAGUUGGGGCUGGGUCUGCAAGUCAACCAGACGCUGCGGAUUCUUACUAUUUCCAAGAAUCCCAUUCAAAAUGAAGGCUGUGUUGGUCUCCUUAAGUCUGUCGGGAACAACGGGUCGUCUGCCCUCGAACUGCUGGACUUGUCCGAUAUCCAAGUGAGCAGAGAAUGUGAAGACCUCGUUAGCUCCCUGAACAUAAUUCUUCCGGGGCUUUGUAUUAAGAGUAACACUUCCAGAAGAAAAGACUGGCCACUAGCCUCCACAGCAUCCCAGGCGGCAUCUGCCCCAAGGGACUCUGGCCUUGCGUCUAAUGUGCCAGGUUAAUGUCCACGUUGCUGCCCAGUCAGGACACAGCAUGUGCAUCUUCCUUUCUGUUCUAUAGGAUCUGCCU